CCUAAUUGGGGAAGCAAGAAGGAGAGCAAAUACCAUGGAGUCAAGAAUGGCUUAUAGUGGAAGCGAAUGUUAUACUCAAAUCCACAAUCCCACCACCUACGGAAUGAGCAAACCCCAGAAUGCUUAUGGAAUGGCUGAAACUUGGGAUGGGUUUGGUCAAUCUUACGGCAACUACAAGUCCCAAAAUGGACCUGCAAUGUCCAAAACUCAACUUCAUGUUCCUGGGAAACAUGAAGGUCGUGUUUAUGGCUAUGGGAGCCCCACCCCAGCCGAUAGGUUCCAGAAAAAUGGCAGCGGGACGGGCCAUGGUUUCGAUCAUCACGGAAACUAUGAAAGCUAUGAAGAGACGAAUGGCUAUGGAGUAUGCCAUCAAUGAGAUGGUCCGUAGCCAGCCGCACCGUCGCGGCAACCACUCCGGACACGGAAACGGGUUCAUCACCACUCAAUCAUACGGCCCUUGUAAAACCAUGGGGUUAGAAUACACCGAAGCCGAGUACAGCGAAACACACUUUUCCAACGACUCACAUUAUUACGGCGGAGGCCGUGGAUACCGUGGCAACGGCCACUCAGCUAAGGGUCUGAUGAACAACAAUUCGGGUGAAAACAGCUGUAGUGACUCUCAGAGUAACGACGAAAACGAUCAUCAUGGGGGAUUUAACAAGGUCUGGAAAUGCAAAGAAAUACGAUGAACUCUACAUAUGUAUAAACAUGGUAGAUAUGUUGGCAUGAUGAUAAGCCUGCCACACAAUAUAAAUUAAAUAAACUUGCGAUGUAAGGAACUGGAGAAUGUAUCUUCUUCCUUCUUGAUGUUGUGUUAAUGUAAUACGGUGUUAUGAAUUAAUGAUAAACCUCUGGCCCUGAAUGAGAGCUGGAUU